GGCGGGUGGAUCGACAAAAAGAGGGGUGCAGAAGCGUCUUGCCUCUGUGGUGGGGGAGGCAAUAUAUCGUCCCCACACAUAUAUAUACAUAUAUACAUGGUGAGAUCGUCGCUCGGGCUGUAUAGUUUAAAUACAACGAACACGCGAGCAAGUCUCUCAGGAUUGUAUCGAGAUCGUGUGAAACUUGUCGAAAAACCGUUUCAGUUUCGCCUUCGCGAGUUGUCCCUGCACACGUACGAGCAUCUUUACCGAGUGACGCGAGAAGAAGAAGAAAACAAAGCAAUAUCGAGGCGCUCCUGCGCGUACGCAAUGGCGCGUCCGUUAAUAAUGGCGAUCUGCGUCCUCGUGGCAUUCGCGUUGCCGAGACUUACCUACGGACGUGCUGCGAUCGAACAGAGCGGAUCGGCCUCAAAUACGCUGCUCGCACAUGACUCAAAGCCGAAGGAUUUCCAGGACCACGAGCAGGAGAAAGCGAUCGUCACGUCGCUCGCAAGCGGAGGCGCAUCGAUACCCGUCAAAUCGAGGCAAAAACGACUAUCUGACCAGAGAAUAGCCGAACUGGAGACGCUAAUUACUCUGUCGCUACUGAGCGGGAUGCUGUCGGAAGAAAGAUACAAGAAACUGGAUCUGCUGACAAUCGAUCGCCGAAGACGCGCCACGACGAGGCUUCUCUUCCCGGGACCGAGCGACAUCCCUCAUAGUCACCUCGCGAAUUAAAACACGAUGCAGGGAUGUAACUGCGACGCGCGUACAUCGCUCGUUAGCUGACUCAGCCAAGAUCGUUUACUAGACCGUGGAUCGUCAGCCGGCGUGUGGCUGACGAAAGGAUGGAUUUUACAACACUGAGGCCGGAUCUCGGUGUUGGGAAGGCGAGGACGUGCCUCGUCUUGUCGAUCAGAACUAUGACCACUUGGAAAACUACGUGAAAUCAACGCGAAAUGAAAAACAUGGGGAUAACAAUAUAAGCAGCAAGACACGGUUGUACUUAUCAACUAAGAAUCUGCAUAGAAACUCACAUUUGGAUUAGAAUAAAUCCGUUGUGCGAAUGCGAUACAUCUUGGUCUUAAUUAGUGUACUCGAGAUAGAUUUAUCUAUUAUGUAGAGCCAUCGCCACUCGAGCCGCGCUAACGAACGUUCCUCAGUAGCCUUAUUUUGUAACUUUUAAUAACUCAGGAUAACUUUCACCAAUUUUGAUUAAAUUCAAUCGACGGUUAACUCCAUGGAAUUAAUCAAUCGCAUUUAUCGGUUUAGCUAAUUGGCCAAUGCAACUGGUCAAUUUCAUCGGUUGAACUUAAUUAGAGUUGGUGAAAGUCACCUCCAGACGCGGUUUUUCAUUUUCCGGUUAACUGUUGGUUUAACUUAAGCCGACGAUAAUACAAAAAUUGUGCUUUUCUAUUUAUGGUUAAUCAUUAAACUGACGGUUUUGUAGCGGCCAACUUUUAAAAUUUAAUUGGAGGUAGAAUUAGCCGUAGAAACCAAAAUCUAAUUGUUCCUAGUUUAGCUUCUAUAACUAAUUUUCUGAGUAUACGCAACGUAAUGGUAACGACACUGUCGUUAAGAGAAUAUUAUAGAAUCUGCCUACAGCAUUCCUCUCAACAACGACAACGGUUUUUCCAAUCUUCGCACGAUUGUAUCAUGAAAUCUUUAUGGAACAUUUGACGAACUUGUACUCACGUAUACUCACGCCAAUUGGGAAUUACGACCGGAAGUUCUGCCGAGUAGUAUCGUUCUUGCGAGCAUCAUGUGUGCGCACUCAUCGAAGACACCAUCGAAACUGAAAUUCCAAAGUUACAUUUAGUUUGGUAUAUAUUUAUUUACCGACGCGCAAUAACAACGUGUCUAGCGACAAUCGUGAGAUACAGGCGACUUUUAACCUUGGGCGGCAGGUGCGUAACGACAACACUCACCCUUUUUUUCGACAUCACGCUCCGACCAUAUAUUCGCAUUCUCUGAGCGAAUUAACCUCUCACAAUUAUUGUUAUUUAACGAGAACCACACGAGAAAUAUUUAUUAUCAAACUUUCACACGACGCGCUCGAGACGCGCCAAAACGCCUGCUCGUGUUCUCACUUGAGACGCGAUCGUUGAAAUUAUUUUACUUAGGUCUUAGUAACGAACUUCACGAUACUUCUGUAGGUGUAAGGAAACUGUAAUUAAAGUGAAGCUACCAUAAGCUUGGCGUACUUACAGAACCUGCGAACGGACUCCCAAAACGGAAAAGUUUUGCAAGACGCGCGCUGCACCAUUGUAAAGUAGCCGACAAAACUUGCUUAGUCCUGAUCUACAAUAGAUCCGUAUUCCGAAGAAAUCUUUUAAUCGAUAAAUAAAUAACUCUCAAAGUGGCUUAGGUACCACCCGAUUGACUGAGAACCCACCUUUUUAAGGCAUUUUUAUCAAUAAAAGAGAGUUCAGAAUA